CAAAAAGGAAGCGGGACGUUAGUUGGUGUUUACGCUACUUUUGGGCAUGGUGGUUUUCGUGUGUUCUCAGUGCAACGCCACAUUAAAAAAGAGCAAUGUACGGAAUCAUCUACAAUUUUCUCGACGUUGUUCCUUAGUUUCGUGUGUAGACUGUCACAAGGACUUUGAUAAAUUUUCGGUGGAAUCUCACUGUUCAUGUAUUUCUGAGAAAGAGAAGUAUGACAAAGCAAACUACUUGAAGUCAUCCAAGAGCAACAAUAUUAGUAAACAAGCGGAGUGGGUCAAGAGAAUAGAAGAUGCAAUACAAAAUUGUGAGUCACAACGACACAAGUCUAUUCUUCAAAACAUCCGGGGGAAUUGCAAUGUACCUCAAAAAAAGAAAAAGUUCGAGAAUUUCAUGAGGUCCAAGUAUCGUAAAAUACCCGAGGAGACCAUUGAAGAUAUAUGGAAAUUAUUGGAGCCACUUAAACGGGGGACAUUUAGUACUGUUCCAUUAAAACCUCAAAAAGAUUUGUCAAGUGAUCUAACAAAUGAUGAACCGACGAUAAAGAAACGAAAAUUGGAAGACACUUCUGAAACCCUCAAUAACUAUUCAUCAGAGAACGAGUGUCACUUGCUGUCACUUCAUCAUAUACAAAAUGUUCUAGCUGAAUUAGGUGGGAAAGCACCUUUCUCAAGUUUGAGAAAACAGAUUUACAGUACGUAUAAAACCAGCGUACUUUCCCCACAAGAAUGCAUGACAAAAAAAGAGUUUAAAGCCAAAUUGUUAGGUGUCAUUCAAGACUCAGGGUACUUUAUUUUUUCACCGUCUGAUGGUAUGAUCAGCGUGGUUAGUGAUGAUUUAGUCACUAGAACAGAUCUCUGUGUAAAUCCAGAUCCAGAUACUUCUAUAAUCACUUGUCAGAACGGUAAACCACAUUAUUCUGAAAGUAUAAAAAAGUUACUAAUCACCACAAUAAACGAUGCGGGAGGACAAAUUUCUCUGAAGAAGCUUGUGAAAAGAGUCUCGUCACGUAUUUUGAAUCCAAAUGAUCAAAAGGAAGUUAGUCUUACGAAAGAGGAAGUGGAGAGUAAAAUUGUGAGAAAAGUCAAUAAAAGUCAGUCUAUGAAACUUUCAGAUGACGGUAAACGGGUUGAACUUUGCUCAUGAAUUUGUGUAUAUAUUUUCCAUAUAAUAAAAGAUAUAUAUUUAUUCCAGCGUUUUAUUUCAUUGUGAAUUAACAACUCCGAGAUUGAAUUUGUGUGGGAAGUGUUUUUUAUAGGUUAGUGGAAAACUUGUACAUCAUAUUCCGUGUCAUCGCAUCUUAUUUGUUUUACAUUAUUUAGAUGUAGAAGUUAGAGUAAACGUAGUCCUAUAAAGCGUUUAAGAUAAGUCUCUGGUGGGAACACUUUUGGUUUUUGUUAUUGCACGUUCCAAACUGCAAACGUCACGUGAAUAAUUAAUGUGCGAGAGAUUUGAUUUCUACUUAGUCACCUGCUUUUGUGGCUGGUAUGGUGUUGGGCAGUAAAAUAAUAUGGCGAAACUUUUCUUGGUUACCGUGGCACACCUUAAGGUUGUUUACCGCUUGUAGUCAACGGCACUGGUUAAGAGAAGUGAUUUAUUUAAACAAUCUUGUCAAGUUUGCUUACGUUCUCUCCUUAUCCUCUCCUCUCCAGUUCUUUUUUGUACUUUUCAUACUACUUAUUAAUAUUCAGUAACUAGUUGUAUCCCUAACAAUUUCUACCUGUAUGUUGUAACGCAAGUUUGU